AUGGCAUUCCACCACUCGUCCAUGUUGCUCCUGGCCCUGCUUGCACUCGCAGCUCCACUGGCUCUGGUCAUGGCCGGCGACCCUGACAUCCUCACCGACUACGUCAUCCCGGCCAACAGCAACGCCGACAACAUCACCGGCGACUUCUUCACGUUCACCGGCUUCCGCAACGCGACGAGCAUGAACAUGAGCAUGCCGAUGCCCAACGCCAACUUCACGGUGAUCAAGGCCAGCCUGAAGGAGUUCCCGGCGCUCAAUGGCCAGAGCGUGUCGUACGCCAUGCUCAUGUAUCCCCCCGGCACCGUCAACCCCACCCACACCCACCCCCGCUCCGCCGAGCUGCUGCUCGUCGUCAAUGGCGCCCUCUCCGUCGGCUUCGUCGACACCGCCAACAAGCUCUACACCCAGGACCUGGCCACCGGCGACAUGUUCGUCUUCCCCAAGGGAUUGGUGCACUUCCAGUUCAACUCCGGGAACCAGCCGGCCAUGGCGCUCUCGGCCUUCGGCAGCGCCGCCGCGGGGCUCGUCUCGGUGCCCGUCACCGUGUUCGGCUCCAACAUCGACGACACCGUGCUCGCCAAGUCCUUCAAGACCGACGUGCCGACGAUCCAGAAGCUCAAGGCAGGCCUAACUCCUCCCGCCAACAAGUCUUAA